GGAGACAUCUGAGAUCUGAGGAGACAUCUGAGGAGACAUCUGAGAUCUGAGGAGACAUCUGAGACAUCUGAGGAGACAUCUGAGACAUCUGAGGAGACAUCUGAGACAUCUGAGGAGACAUCUGGAUCCAAGCUAAAGAGCUGGAUGUGCUUUUAAAGGCCGACAUGGAGCUGCGGAGAGAAGCAGACGUCCAGCAGCUGUUGGUGGUUAAAGAAGAGGUUCCUCCUGAGCAGCAGGAGUGGAGCUCCAGUCUGGACCAGGAGGAGCCAGAGCCCCCACACAUUAAAGAGGAACAGGAGGAACUCUGGACCAGUCAGGAGGGAGAGCAGCUUCAAGGGCUGGAGGAGGCUGAUAUCACCAAGUUCACAUUCACUCCUGUCCCUGUGAAGAGUGAAGAUGAUGAAGAGAAACCUCAGUCCUCACAGCUUCAUCACAGACGUACUGAACACAUGGAGACAGAAGCUGAUGGAGAGGACUGUGGAGGACCAGAACCAGACCGGAACUCAGAUCCACGUAGACAUCCAGAACCAGAUCCUGAUGACAAGACUGGAGACUCUUCUGAACCUGAGACUGAUGACAGUGAUGAUUGGAAGGAGACCAGAGAACCUCCGUCAGGUUUAAACUCUCUGAAUAAUGAUGAAGUUUCUAGUGAGAAACCAUUCAGCUGCUCAGUGUGUGAAAAAAGCUUUCUCACCAAGGCACAACUGAAGAGUCACACCAUGAAUCACACCGGAGAGAAAAGGUUCUCCUGCACUAUUUGUAAACAAGGAUUCACUUGGAUGUCCAACAGGAAGUCAAACGGCGGCUGCUCACUGCGGCUCGAGGACAUCUGA